UCACGGUUAGGAAGACAGGACCUCUGUCAAAAUGCCACCACCGUUUCCACCACCAGGAUACUCAGAAGACAUCGUCCGGCGAGUCCGUGUCGUAUUCAACGGGCAAUAUGUCGUCGACUCGCCCGAGCCCAAGCUUGUAUGGGAGCACCCGUACUACCCUGUCUACUAUUUCCCCGCGAACGACAUCCGACAACAGUAUCUCGCGAACGAGCGCAGCGACCCCAGCGGUAACAAGAUCUACGACCUUGUAGUAGAUGGCAAGACAUCAUCCGAUGCUGCUAUUGUCAUGAAUUCUGGGUCUUUUACGGGCUAUGUCAAAGUCGGGACGGAUAAAGCAGAUGCCUGGUUCGAAGAGGACGAGCGCGUCUACUCGCAUCCCAAGGACCCGUACAAAAGGAUCCAGAUCCUACAAUCAUCCAAGCAUGUACGCGUCGAGGUUGACGGGGUCGAACUGGCAAACACAAAUCAUCCAAAGCUGCUAUAUGAGACUGGGUUGCCGGUCAGAACGUAUAUCCCGACCACCGAUGUGAGGCUGGACCGCCUGAUACCGGAUAAGGAGUUGACUACCAGUUGCCCUUAUAAGGGCGAUGCUAGUUAUUACAUUGUGAAACUCCCGAGUGGAGAGGAGAAAAAAGGGCUUGCCUGGUGGUAUAAGUUGCCAACAGCUGAGUCUGCAGAUAUCCGCGGUCAUGUUGCUUUUUACGAUGAGAAAGUGGAUGUCUCGGUUGAUGGAGUGAAGAAGGACCGACCGGUUACGAAGUUCUCUUGAAUGGUCAAACUGAGUGGAUAGGCCUUUCUUAAUGUAUUUCGAUUGUGGGAAUCUAAUGGUGUUUGGCUAUGUCUUUAUGCAUCUGAGCCUACACUUCAUACUAAACUCAAC